GCUUUUUUAUUUUAUUUUAGGAGAAACCGGCGGAAAGAUAGAGAAGAGGCCACAAACGAUGAUAACGAAGGUACCGGAGGGUGAUGAUUUUCUAAAACCAUGCAACCACCAGUUGGAUCGGGAUACUGAGACUCCGAAAGUGAAGGCUAAUUUGAAUCACUUACGCAUGGUACUGAAACGAUUUCGUUUUAGCUGUGAUGGAAUUGAGACGCUGUGCAUAAACGAUCUGACACUUGAUAACGAGAGUGCUGAAAAUAUCAUUGAAUCGGCUUUCUGUGACCAUGCAAGACGUAAUCCUGAUGUUGAUCCAGAUGCUAAGAUUAAUUUGUCUCUUGAUAGCAUAAAUUAUGGAAUUUGGCUUUUCAAGGGUUAUCUAAAUGAGUCUGCCUUCCAAAAGAAGUAUCUAGAGGAUAUUGCUUUUGAAAAAGAGUUUAUGAAGAGUUUUUCAAGUAAUGUUGUUCCGCCCAAUGACAUUGGUGUUAAUUUUGAUGACAUUGGUGCACUUCAGAAUGUUAAAGACGAGUUAAAGGAAUUGCUAACUAUUCCUUUUAAACGGCCUGAACUCUCUUGCAAGAGGAAAUUAACAGAGGUUUGUAAAGGAAUUCUCUUGUAUGGACCUCCUGGAACCGGGAAGACUAUACUUGCAAAGGCAGUGGCAAUGGAAGCUGGUGCUUACUUCAUCAACUUCUCAAUGUCAAGCAUCCCACCUAAGUGGUUUGGUGAGGCUGACAAGUAUGUCAAAGCUGUCUUUUCAUUGGCCAGUAAAAAAGCUCCUUGCGUUAUCUUUGUGGACGAGGUUGACCGCUUGCUAGGCCAAAGAAGAGAAAACCUGAAGGGACAGCAGGCCACACAGGCCACGCUGGAGAUAAAAAACGCCUUCAUGAAACAUUGGGGCCUUCUAUUGAAAAAGGAGAAGGACUGUGUUCUGGUUCUUGCAGUCACAAAUCGACCUUUUGACCUUGAAGAGACUGUCAUUGGACAGUUUUCCCAUAGGUUGCUGGUGGGAUUACCAGAUGUUCAGAGUAGAGCACAGAUACUGAGGGUUAUACUGAAAUAUAAAGUCUUGUCAAAUGAUGUAGAUCUUGAUGGAGUUGCUUGUAUGGCUGAUGGAUAUUCUGGAAGCGAUCUAAAGAAUCUAUGUAUUAAAGCUUCCCUCCGUCCAAUCAUGGAAUUAUAUGAGAAGGAUAAAAGUGAGCGAGAUGCUGCUCUGGCUGAAGGUAAAGUUCCUCCAGCUCCGUAUGUAAGUUCUGAUGUCCGAGCUUUGAACAUGCAAGAUUUCAGCUACUCAUUUGAGGAGGUGUGCUCAAGCGUCUCGUCAGAGUCGGUGGGCAUGACGGAGCUUCAACAAUGGAUCGAACGCUACGGUGAAGGUGGUUCUAGAAAGAGGACACGAGACAGCUGCUUUAUGUAAUACUAGGACAUUGCAUCAGAAAAGGAGUUUAUGAAGCAGCUUUCAAUUGAUGUUGAGCCUCCCAAAGAAAUCGGUGUUACAUUUGAAGACAUAGGUUCACUUGACAUUGUUAAAACUAUUUUGCGGGAAUUGGUAACUGUUCCUUUUAAAUGGCCUCAACAAUUCUGCAAGGAGCAAUUAACAGAGGGAAUCCUGUUAUAUGGACCUCCUGGAACGGGAAAGACUAUGCUUGCAAAAGCAGUGGCAAAGGACGCUGAUGCUAGCUUCAUCAAUAUCUCAAUGUCAAGCAUCACACUUAAGUGGCUUGGUGUAGCUGACAACUAUGUCAAGGCUGUUUUUUCAUUGGCGAAGAAGAAUUCUCCUUGCGUUAUCUUUAUGGACGAGGUUGACCGCCUGCUAGGCCAGAUAAAAAAAUCCGGCGGUACAGCUGGCCACGGUGGAGAUAAAAGACGCAUUCAUGAAACAUUGGGGCCUUCUAUCGGAAAGGGAGAAGGACCGUGUUCUGUUAAUUGGAGCCACAAGUCGACCUUUUGACCUUGAAGAGGCUGUCAUUAGACAGUUUUCCCGUAGGUUGCUGGUGGGAUUACCAGAUGCUCAGAGUAGAACGCAGAUACUAACGGUUAAAUAAAGCCUUGUCAAAUGAUAUUGAUCUUGAUAGCAUUGCAAGCAAGACUAAAGGAUAUUCUGGAAAGGAUCUUCAGAAUCUCUGUUGUACUGCUUCCCAACGCCCAAUAAUGGAGAUAUAUGCUAAGGAAAAAAGUGAGAGACAUGCUGCUGAAGGUCAAGAUCUUCCACAGCGACGGGGAAUCUCUGGUAUUAGAGCUUUGAAGAUGCAGGAUUUCAUAGACGCACUUCAGCAGGUGGGCCCGAGCGUUUCAUCAUUAUCUGCGAGCACGACAGAGCUUGAAGAAUGGAACACACUCCACGGGGAAGUAUGGUCUACAAAAAGCGAACUGAACUACUACAUUUAGAAUAUUGAUGGUUUUUGUAAACCCUAACUAACAAGCAAAUAACUUGUCAACCAGCGAAACGGAAAAACAAAAGAAUCUUGGAACAGAAUCAAUACGAGUUUUCCUUGUUAAUUCA